AUGGUGAUCACUGGGCACAGGGAUCUGUUUGGGAUGGGGAGACUGAUCAAAGCUGCUGAGCUGAGCCUUAGCCCAGCUGACUGCCGGUACACAUCCCUUAAUGCGGUGGAGAACACAGUGAUCUUUGUAGCUGGGCUCCAUAAAUGUGGCAGCACCUUGCAGAUGACCCCAGACUCCCCGAUUUACAGCACAAGCCUGAACUAUAACCCCACCCUUGCCAGCAACCCAGUGAUCCUGAGAACCAAUCAAGCUGUGAUUCCUAUUGAGUGUCACUAUCCCAGAUGAGACAAUGUGAGCAGUAAAGCCAUCAAGCCAAUGUGGGUUCCCUUCAGCUCCAUCCUGUCUGCAGAGAGGAGGCUGGGUUUCUCCCUGUGCCUGAUGAAUGAUGACUGGAGUGCUGAGAGACCCUCCAAUGGAUUCCAGCUGGGGGAGGUCAUGCAUAUCCAAGCUGAUGUCAGUACUGGGAACCAUGUGGCUCUGAGGCUCUUUGUGGACAGCUGUGUGGCCACCCUGACCCCAAACAGGGACUCCUCUCUCCACUAUGCUGUCAUUGACUUUAAUGGAUGCCUGGUGGAUGGGAAGUCAGAUGACACCACCUCAGCCUUCAUAUUGCCCAGGCAGGACACACUGCAGUUCAUGGUGGAUGUGUUCAGGUUUGCAGGAGAUGCCUGGAACCUGAUCUACAUCACCUGUCAUCUGAAAGUCACUGCAGCUGAGCAAGCCCCAGAUUCCUUGAACAAGGCUUGUUCCUUCAACAAAGCAGGCAACAUGUGAGUAGACUAGAAUCCCAUCAGGGGAGUGACUGGAAAGGCAGCUUAGAAUAGAGAACUCUUCCCUAUAGAUGAGUGUUCCUGUUCUGUUGCAGCUGGUUUC